AUGGCCGACAGUGAGGAAUCCACGGUGGUACGCAUAGGAAAGCUUGCCGGAGUUGCACUCCGGCCGGAGCUUCAUGAUGGGAAUUCGACGUCGGGCUUCUACGAGACAUGGCGGACUCGUUUAGGAGCACCUCGACGACGGUCGGCGGCGAGAGUGGUGCUAGAUGCCAGCCGGAGAGGGGACAAUGGCACGGAAAAAUCAAGAGUCUCUUGGAAUCCAGUCCUAGAGAAUACCCUUGUUGAGUCGCUGUAUGAGCACAACACCCCUGAUUAUAGGGGUCAAAAUGGAUGGUCGUCAAAAACUUGGAACAAGAUCGUGAAGGAAUUCCAUGAUAGGGAUAAGUAUGUGAAUUUCACAAAGGCCCAAAUCCAAGAGAUGGAAAAGGAGUUGAAAAGAGUAUAUAAGAUGCUGAAAGAGGCUAGGAAGAAAAGUGGAGCUUCAUGGAAUGACCAGAGGUGUAUGAUUGAGGCCGAACCAGCUAUAUGGAACAACAUAAUCAUUUCAUUUACUAAAGCUAAGAAGUUUCAUAGCAAGUCUUUUCCUCUAUUUGAUGUAUCGGGAGAACUUUAUGAUGGUCAUACUGCUGAAGGAACCUACAAUUUCACCUCUAGGCCACAAAGAAUGGUUGUUGCUGUAACAAGAAACAAAGAAGAAAAAGAACCAAAGAGACAGAAGAAGAGUGGUAGCAUGGAAGGAAUGGAGAGAUACCUUGAUAUGAGAACCAAACAGGCUGAAGAUGAAGUUGCACAGUUAGCAAGAGAAAAGGAGGUUGCUCAAGGUAAUGAUUUUUCAAUCAAGAGGUGCAUAUAUGUUCUCAACUCGAUGGGAGUGACAAAGGAGGAAAAGGCUAAAGAAUAUGGUGUCUUCAAGAAUCCCGAUAACACGGAAAUUUUUUUGAGUACUUGUGAUGAGGAUCCAUAA